AUGGGGUCUCGAAGUGUGACGUUUUGUGUUUCACAAGAAUUGAAUGUUCCAUUUAGAGUGAAGGUCAAGUCUUUGGAAGGUUACAAACCUCUAUUGAAAUAUUCUGAGAGAAUACAGGAUCCAAGAUUGACACAAACAGCUUCUAAUGUAAGCCCACAUAGUGAUAUGUUAGUGUCAGUGCAAAUAUUUGACGAUGAGACAGGUAGGAUAUUGACAAUCCCCGAAUUUACGCCGUACAUUCCUUUUAAGAAUUUGCGUAAAUGGGAUCAUUGGUUAACGUUACCAAUUUCAAUUAGUCAAUUAAGUUUAUCUAGUAAACUCCGAGUAAUAUUAUGGGAAUAUGAUGGAAUAAAUAAAAUACCAUUCUUCAUAUUGCAGACGUCGAUAUUCAAUGGGAAGGAUAAUUUAUUGAAGAGAGGUCUGGAGUCUUUGAAGUUCCAAUAUGAUGAUUUGAAUAGUUUAACUGUUAUUGAUGAUAAUAAAGUUAGUAAUAAUUUAAAUAAAUACUAUCAAGGAGAGAUCAGAAAAGUGGAUUGGUUAGAUGAGAUAACAAUACCGAUGCUAGAAAAAGAAAGAGAGAAACGUAGUUGGCCUGUAGGUGUGUUUGUGUUAAACAUUGAAUUCCCAGUUUUUGAAUUACCUGUUGUAUUCACAGAUUCACAGAAUACAGAUACCCAACUUAAUAUUCCAACUUUGAAUAACUCAGAAUUUAAUCCGGAAUUAGUAACAUAUAAUAAUACAAAUAAAACCAAAAUAUCAUUAGGUGAUAAGUAUAAUUCAACUUUAAAGUUUUAUGACCCUGAUCAGUUCAACCAUGACCCAAUCGAGGAAAAAUUUAGAAGACUAGAAAGAGCUUCAAAACGUUCAAAUUUGGAUAAACAUUUGAAACCAGAUGCCAAGAAAAGAGAUUAUCUAAACAAAGUUAUUAAUUAUCCUCCUGGCACAACAUUGACUCCUCAUGAAAAAAGUUCCAUUUGGAAAUAUAGAUAUUUCCUUGUAAAUAAUAAAAAGGCAUUGACAAAGUUACUACAGUCAACAAACCUAUCAGAAGAAACAGAAAGAACAGAAGUACUGGAAUUAAUGGAUUCAUGGGCAGAAAUUGAUGUUGAUGAUGCAAUUGAGUUAUUGGGUUCUGCAUACAAGAAUAUUUCGGUUAGGGCUUAUGCGGUAAAUCGAUUAAAAAAAGCUUCAGAUAAAGAACUGGAAUUAUAUCUAUUACAAUUAGUACAAGCAGUAUGUUUUGAAAGUUUAUCAACUUUUUCUGAUAAGUCUAAUAGUGAAUUUAGUAUUGUAGAUAUAACUCCAUCACAGGCAUUAUCCAUAUCUAAUUAUGCGGCAUCUCAACAAAAACAAAUUAACAAUUUUAUAAACUCGUCGUCAAUAUCUCCAAAUGCUGAAACUAUUGUCAUUUCACCUUUAGCUGAAUUCCUAAUUAGGAGAGCAAUUAAAAAUGCAAGAUUAGGAAACUUUUUUUACUGGUAUUUGAAAUCAGAAUCCUCAGAUAACCCAUAUCUGGAUCAGAUUAUCGAAUCAUUCUGGAGCAGGUUGGCAGAAGAAAGAAAAUUAGAUUUAUCCGAAGAAAUAAAAUUGGUUGACUUAUUACGUGAAUGUUGUAAUGAAAUUAGAAAGUUAAAAGAAUCAACAAGCAAGAAACAAGACCUACUGACUCACCUUUUGACUUCAAGGGUAAGACAGCGUCUAAAACAUCAUCCUACAAUUUUACCUCUUGAUCCAGAUACAUUAGUUACAGACGUGGAUCCAGAAGCCUCUAGAGUGUUCAAGAGUUCAUUAUCUCCAUUAAAAAUAACUUUUAAAACGAAAAUAGGUACUCCUUACGCAAUCAUGUAUAAGGUUGGUGAUGAUUUGAGGCAAGAUCAAUUGGUGGUACAAAUUAUUAGCUUGAUGAACGAGCUAUUGAAGAAUGAAAAUGUUGAUUUGAAGUUGUUACCAUACAAAAUUCUAGCAACAGGUCCACAAGAUGGUGUUAUUCAAUUUAUUCCUAAUGAUACAAUGGCAACUAUUUUGAGUCAAUAUAGUGGAAUUCUACCAUAUUUUAGAGACCAUUUCCCUGAUGAAAGUAAUGAUUUGGGUGUGCAACAAUGGGUCAUGGAAAAUUUUGUGAAAUCAUGUGCAGGUUAUUGUGUUAUUACAUACAUUUUAGGUGUCGGUGAUAGGCAUUUGGAUAAUUUGUUGAUAACUACGGAUGGUCAUUUUUUCCAUGCAGAUUUUGGGUAUAUUUUGGGUCAGGACCCAAAGCCAUUUCCACCAUUAAUGAAACUACCUCCGCAAAUUAUAGAAGCAUUUGGAGGCACUGAAUCAUCAAACUAUGAUAAAUUUAGAAGUUAUUGUUUUGUUGCAUACUCUAUUCUAAGAAGAAAUGCUGGAUUGAUAUUGAAUUUAUUUGAAUUAAUGAAAACAUCGAAUAUUCCUGACAUUCGUAUUGACCCUGAAGGAUCAAUACAAAAAGUUAAAGAAAGAUUUAACUUGGACAUGUCCGAGGAAGAAGCUACUGUCCAUUUCCAAAACUUAAUUAAUGACAGUGUCAAUGCAUUAUUACCUUUAGUGAUAGAUCAUCUACAUAAUUUAGCUCAAUACUGGAGGGCAUAA